UCAGCUUCUCCAGGUUAUUAGGAGCAAAGGUGGAGUUCUCCGUGAAAAAACUAAGGACACUAUUAAAGUUAUGGAUCAGAGUCUGGACAUAGACAUCAGAAGAGAGUGCCUGCUGAAGUGCCUGAUCAUGUACCUUGGUGAAGAUGCAAGCUGUCUGUUCAAAGAAUACCAGGCUGACCAGAGGGAGGAAGCGAAGAGAGAAUUUGAAAAGACCACCAUGGCAUUUUUUGUGACCCGUGAAAGUGAUGCUCUUAGUUGUGCACUGGACAUUUCCAUUGUCAUUGACGGUGUGGAAGUACUAAAUGAGUUGCCCUCUGUUGCAUGUGCCUGUGCCAUGAUGUUUGGACUCAUUUAUGCACUGAACUUAAAAUAUCCUGAAGGACUCAAAUAUACCUUUGAGGCCUUUCAAAAAAUAAUCAUGGACUUAGAGAGUAAGCACAUGAGACGAAGGGUGCAGAACCUCUCUCUUUAAAGCUGCAGGAGUAAAUUUGUUUCUUUUGACCCAGCUACAAUGUUCUGCUGAUGGUAAAUUUCUUUGAAGAUGUUGGACUGUGUAAAGCCUUUUAUAUGAAGUUAACUGUACUACUGUUUACUAAACCUGAUUUGUUUUAUCUUGGUAAAAUUCUUACGUUGUUUACUCAUCCUUAAGCUAUUCAAGUAUGUAACUUAAUUUAAAUUUGGUUCAGAGACAUUUUAUGACAAUUAUGAGAGCAGUUUCGUUUUGGGGUAAACUAUUCCAUGAAAGUGAAAAGACAAUUUUUUUUUUUUUUUUCCUUUCUUUCAACCAUUGGCUGAUUUGGUAGGUGUUUUAGUAAGUGUUUGGUUUUGCACUGCCCAUUUUAAACCAGUUUUUGGGCCAAACUUGUUUUUAACUUCAGAACAAUUCUAAAGGUUUCUCUUCGAAACCAUAACUGAUUCCUUAUAGUGAAUUUACAUUGUAUCCAGUGUGUCUAUGGACACUAAAAACUGUUAUACAG